CGUCUAAUAAAUAUGUUAAUAUUAGCGCCAAUGGUUGCUUUUAAAUUUGUUUGUGUUAUACCUGGAUACCGGGAUACCUGACUCAGUUGUUCGGCAUGAACAAUUAGCAAUAAUGUUUUAGAACUAAUAGACCGGCCAAGAUUCAGAUCGAUGGAAUCGUCAGUAUGCCGCGUUUGCCUAGUUAGUUACGAUGAUAUGGUCAAUGUUUUCGAUGCGUCUCAUGAACCUGGCUUAUCCAUUGCGAAUCUGAUAUCUAAGUGCACUGGCUUUCAAGUUGAGAAGGACGAUCAGCUACCCAACACCAUAUGCAAGUCCUGCCUGGAGGAUGGGAAGAACGCAUUCGACAUCAUAGAAUCGUACGAGAGAAGUCAUCAGUUCUAUUGCUUCUUUAAGGAUGUACGCGAGGAGGAAAGCGAAAAUAAGGGAUCCUGUUUUUCCGAAGAAGUGGAAUCAGCUGGAGAGGAAUACCGGGAAGAAAAGAGGACUGAAGAAUGUGUAGAUUCGAAGGACAAUAAUAUCGAAGCUGACGACGACGAUUCCGGUAAUGAACCUGAUAUUAUUAAAAGCAAUGCCAAGGCGAAGGAGGCAGACGGUUUUAGCUGUUCCCACUGUCCGAAGUCUUUUCGAACGAAAGGCGGUCUAAAGACACACUUUCGUUCACACACAGGAGAACGUCCCUUCAAGUGCUCCCUCUGCCCCAAGUCCUUUGCCUACAAAUGUGUUCGGCAGAGGCACAUGCUUACUCACACUGGAGAACGACCCUUCAAGUGUUCCCGUUGCCCAAAGGCAUUUUCCAUUGGUCACAAUCUCAAGGUACACAUGCAGAUACACGAAAGAGAAGAAUCGUUAAAGGGCUCAGACUGCCAAAAGGGCAUUAUAAAUUCUACCAUUCCUAAGCGACUGUUUGCCACGCUCAUCGAUAACAGUAAGUUCCAGUGUUCCCAGUGCUCGAAGGCCUUUCCAGACGAACAUGAACUUAAGAUCCACAUGCGAGAUCACCCAGAACGCCCCUUUAAGUGUUUCCAUUGCCCAAGGGACUUUGUGCUUGAUGCACAUCGUAAGCGACACAUGCUAACCCACAAUGAAAGAUAUCAAGCCCACAAAACGUAUGGCCGCAAAACACUUCUUCGGACACAGCAGCUAGUCGUCACAAAGCCAUCUAAGUGUGCUGUGUGUUCAAAAAUGUUCAUUGACAAUUUGGCUCUUUCCGCUCACUUGAAAACCCACACUGAAAGAAAAGACUUCAAGAGUGCCCAUUGCUCUGGCUUUUGCACAUCUCCAAGUUCGAAGUCGACACAUAUGAACACACAAGCACCUUAACCUCCGACCUCAAAUAGGAGCAUGCCCAUUAAAGUGUUUCCACUGCUCAAAACACAUGCUGUCGUACACAGACGAAAGGGUCGUAUAAGUGUCCCGAACACUUUGUCGAUUUGUACCUUAAAACAACACUUGUUAACCAACACUGGAAAGGACGGGCAAUUUUCGAAUGCGCGCAGGCUUUCGACUUGAGCACCAUCUGGAUCGCCAUAUUUCAGCACACACGGAAAAUAACUGAAUUUAGAAUUUAUUUCUUAACCAAAUUUAAUUUCGGUUUUGGUUUAGGAAGGAAAUUGUUCUUUUUAGUUUGUGCAUGUAAUGUAAAUGAAUCCUGCGAAGUACACGACACUUACACGAACACACGUAUAUCUGCUGUGGUAAUCCGAUCCUGCAAUCGAAGAGUAUCGCAACUAUUAGGAUUUGAUGUUCGCCUAUCGAUGAAAAUUGGACACAAUCGGAGGCAAUUGAUAAAUAGAAACAAGAAAAGAAGAUUGUUUGGGCAAGCCAAAGCUUACACAUGCUAUACAUUAAUUAU